AUUCCACAGUUACUGAGCGAGCAGUAGCACGAAUUGCUUCACAUCCACUCGUGAGCAGAAAAGUUGCAGCUAUUAAAGCUGCCGUAACUUCAUUCAAAGAAACAAGACAAAAAAUGAAAAGACAGAAGUUGAGCAGUCUGCCUAAUUUGCAAACAGAGCCUUUGAAACAGGCAAGUCCAGAAGAAGCUAAACUUGAUGAAACGAAUGAGAUAAAAGAGGAUAGUAAUGCUGGUGAGAGAAUCAAGAACGUAGUUUCCAAACCAGUGAGGGCAACUGUUAAAACAACAGACACUGAAGCUCUGCAUAAAGACACAACCUCUGAAACUCAAGCUGCAGAAAUAACAUUGACUGAUCAAGAUAUUGAAGACAGUAAGUUAACCCUAUCAAAAACACAAGGCAAAAUAAAAACCUCCAUUAAGUCAGAGAAUACAAAAGCUGUUGAAGUAGAUGACAGUGAUCUGGAUGUACCCAGUGAUGUGGAUGCAUCCAGUGAAGAUGAGAAGUAUUUUGACGACAGCACAGAGGAGAGGUUUUACAAUCAGACAUCUAGUGAUGACAGUGGGGAUGAUGAUUUCUUUAUUGGAAAGAUGAAAAGAAUAAACAAAAAGAAGCAAGAACUUAAUCCAACUUUGGAAGCCAAUGCUGUGAAAGAAGAUGAAGAAAUCAUGCCAAGUUUUGUGAAGAAAGGGAUGAUUGAUCCCUUGGGUUGUGAUGGAAAGCAGAACAACAGCCCAAAAACAACAUUUGGUUCUUUGUUUUGUAAUAACUUGUCUGAUGCAAAGAUUUCAAAACCGAAGAGCAACUUCCAAGGAAAUGUCAAGAAAAAGCAAACAGAUGUUACACAAAGGAAGUCCCAAAACAAAAGCUUGCCCUUUCGUGGGAGAUCACGUGGGAGGUCUGAUGUUGUCAUUCCAAAGCCACAGCAACCACUCCAUCCAUCUUGGGAAGCAAGCAGAAGGCGGAAAGAACAGUCCCAGAUCAUUGCAUUCCAGGGGAAAAAGAUCAAAUUUGAUGAUUAGUUUCUUUUGAAAAACAUUGUAUUGCAUACUUUUGUAUUCACAACAGUUCCACUUAAUGACAUUUUUCACAAAGAUAUGAAACAUCUGUCCUGUGUUUUUAUACCAAGAAGAAUUGUACAGUUUGUUUUAAUGCAGUUUAUUUAUCAUAGUUUCCAGAACUUUUGAAGUGCACUUCCUGGAAGGCAACAAUUUAAAAUUCAUUUUGAAAAAUAGUGCAAAAUUUGUUAAGUAUUAAGUACAUGAUGUGGGAAAUUCUGUGUAUGUACAAUUUUCAGGUGAGGAUUUUUUUCCAGUAUGGAAAUAUAGAAAAUAUUGAAGACUGCAGUAGAACUGCAGUAUAACUAGUAAUGAUAAUUCAGUAAACAUUCUCAUUAGAUUUUGGUAAUUUAAUGUUAUGGUGGUCACUGUAUUGUCACAACUGUAGGAACAAAACCUCAUCUUAAUUACCUACUUCACCUUUUGCAGUUUGUUCCUACAACAGGAAGAUCUUUUAAUAUUCAAAAUUUAAAGGCACCUUUUUUAGUUAAGCUUUCAGUGAUUAAUGUCAGCAAGGGAACUCGACUAUGCAAACUCAACCAUGUUACAUGGAGCUCUCUGAAUAGAUUCUGCCAAUAAAUGAUCAUUUUGUUAUAAACAUUUUACUGGAUUGCUCAGCAAGAUUAGUAGUUGAUUAUCAACCAAAAACAAAAGUCAUGAAUGCUGUCCUGAAAACUUUCUGUCGAGAAUUACUCGUUUCCAAAUGCUGAUUAACCCUUAUGCUGACAACAGUUCCAAAGAAUUUUCGAUUCCUUGUGUCUUGCGAUGAACUAAAAUGGGCAGAAUAGUAAUUUAUAAAUUCUUGCAUAGUACCUAUAAUCUGGAAGUUAAUUGCUGUUCACUGCAUGACACCACAAUAAUGUAACUUAGAAUACAUAUGCUUCCAAGAUUCUGUUGUUAAAUGUGCAUUUCAACCAUGGCCAGAGAAUCUUGUGUUUUGGUUCACAAUUCUGAGAUGUUGCUGCCCUAUAACAUUUCUGAUAACGUGGAAUUCUGAAUAAAAAAUGCAUCUCCUGCAUGCA